GUCAAACCUCUUCGAGCCUUGGACGUUCCACGUCCGGCGUUCGACAGGCAUCCGAGGGCCGGAACCGAAGGCGGUGAGGUGAUGCGCCAAUCGACCAUCGGAACACAAGUGCUCAAGCGAGGAAAUUACAUCAAACAAUCUGCAGAGUUGAUCAGAACACAUUUUUCACACCUCCCAUUGACCCGCCGCAGCCACGCAAGGCACCUAUUCGACGACCAAAAUUGGGUAUAUGCAACAUGGCGAAGCUCCCAAAAGUGCCAAAAGGCACAUUGGGCAAGGCUCCGCUCGCCAAGACCCCUCAUCGAGCACCACCACCGAAAGCGCAAACGCAAACGCAAACGCAAUCACGAGCACAAGCACAAGCACGAGCAAAACAAUGGCACAUUGCAAGAGACAAUAAACCCGAGAUUCACUCCCCUCCGAAAUCUCCGUCCUCGAAACUGAAGCCAUCAUCAUCAACGCAGUCUCCCCCGCGAGCCUUCACGCCCCCGCCGCCUCGCCCCCGCCAACACGAGCUCGAGCUUGCCUCCUCACAAACCUUACACCGCGCAAAAGUAACGCGCUGGCGGCAGACACCGCUCCUAAUUUGCGGCCUGGCCGCCUUCGGAAUCGGCCUCUACAGCGUACAACUAUGGAUAUCUCUCUCUCGGGAUCCGCCGAGCGACAUCCCGGACGACGUUUCUGACAGAUUCGAUAAGGAAGCCGAGGGUUAUGACGAGAAAGUCAACAUUGCAGAAAUUCUUCUCGGAUUAUCGUCGAAGCGAAAGGCAUUGACGGAACAGGCAAAGGGCCAUGUGUUAGAGGUUGCGGUGGGCACAGGUAGAAACAUCGACUAUUACCCGAGGAAGCGAUGCGAUACAGUCACAUUGCUAGAUUCUAGUGGACCGAUGCUGAGCGUCGCGAAGAGGAAGUGGAGGGACACACACGGCGGAGAGUACUUUGGACGAGUGGUGUUUAAGCAGCAAUCUGCGCUCGAUGAAAUUGUACCACCAUACGGAUCGCACGGGGGGUUCGACACCGUGAUUCAGACCAUGGGGUUGUGUUCUACGUCGCGGCCAGUGGAUUUGCUGAGAAAUCUGGAGAGGUGUACUAGGGAGGAUGGGGGGAGGAUAUUAUUGUUGGAGCAUGGAAAGAGCUAUUUUGGGUGGUUGAAUGGUCUGCUGGAUCGCACGGCGCCGCAGCAUGCGGUGGAGCACGGGUGUUGGUGGAAUAAGGACAUUGGGGCCAUUGUUGAGGAGAGCGGACUGGAGGUUGUGGAGAUCAAGAGGUAUAAUUUCGGGACUACUUGGUGGGUUGAAUUGAGGCCAAGGACGGGACUGAAGAGGGGUAUGGGUAUGAAUGGUGAUGUUGUUGUUGAUGAUGGUGAUAAUAACAAUAACGAUGCAGCUGUUGCUGUGGGGAAGGUCGAUCUGUCGACCAAUAACAGUCGUCAGGUUGCACAGAGGUCUUGGUGGGCCCUUUGGAGGUGAGGCUCCAUGCACAAUGAUACAGCAGUCAAUAAUGCAGUGACAUCCCAAUGAUACCCAGGGUGCCAGGUCGACAACACACUCGUCCUCGUACCUAUAGCAUCGAGCAGAAACGGAAUAAGAUUAUCGCUACGGAGUAACAGAUUGGAUGAUCCGUAAUGCUCUAUCUACUCCUCAUCUUG